AUGAACGUUACCGAUAAACUGACAGGUCGUGAAAUAAAAGUACGCGGCGGUACAUUCUACGAUGGUAAAGAUUAUGGUGCGGUAACUCGCGGAAAACAUGUCAUUCACUAUUAUACGCUAAAACGAUAUUUAUUAUUUGAACGUUUUGAACAAGUGUCAAAUAACAGGAUUGUAAUCCCCGUGUCGAAUUCGACAGUUAAAACACCGUUACCCCAUUGUUUAUUAACCGUACGAAAUGUUGCAGAUUUAGCGGAUAAUGUAAAAUUUAUUUUUGAACGUACAGCGGGAUAUACGACGGAUAUUUUUGCUUUAGCAGCCAAUGUUCAAAAUCGGUCAAAAUUAAGUAUUAUUUUAAAUAUAUAUGAUGAGAUAUAAAAAACUAAUCAUUUACGAUGGAGCAGGCAGACUAUGUGAAGCUAUUAAAAGGAGGCGGUAUACGUUAUAAGGGGACAAGUUUGUAUAUGUUACCGGGUAAAGCAUCAACAGUUGAAGAACGUGCUGCCGGUAAAAUUUGUGCACCGCCACAAUUAAACCCGUCCUACGCUACAAACCCAAAAAUACAAAGGGUGGGUAAAAUAACAGCGAGUGCCCCUAAACAACAGCCGACACAACAACAACAAUAUCCGGCGGAAAUUUUAAAAUUAAUCUAUGGGUAGUAAACGAAGAAUAGCUAAUAAAAAGGGUCGAAAAGUUCAAAAGGGGAAAAAAAUUCAACAAGGUGGUUUUGGACCCGCUGCAGGAAUAGCGUUGGGAAUGGCCUUACCCAUGCUAUUAAAUACGGGUACAAGUGUAGUGGGUAGUAUUUUUGGUAAAAAACCCGCUCAAAAACCUGUACAAAGUAUGAAUCAAGGAGGUAAUAGACCGCCGCCCUCAUGGAUGUAUGAUAGACCGAGACCCCGACGUUCCAGACGACGUCCAAGAUAUUUAUACGACGACGAUUAUUAA